AUGGCUUUGGCAAUCCCAGAUGCUUUCAAUAACACAGUACACAAGCUGUGCCGCUGGCACAUUAUGAAGAAGUACAGGGAACACCUCGCAUACCUGUACAACCCGCACGAAGACAUUAAGGAUGAAUUCACAUCAAUCCUCAACUGGCCCCUCAUGCCAACUGAGUUUGAGGAUGCCUGGAAAAGACUCAUGGAUAAGUACAACCUCCAUGAUGAUGCCACGAUGGUGGGCAUGUGGAACGAGCGUGAGAGAUGGAUAUCAGCCUACUUCAAAGAAAUUUUUUGCGCCAAAAUGACAUCCACACAACGAAGUGAGAGCAUGAACAAUGUGCUCAAGAAGAACUUCGCAAGUGAGAGACAAAACCUACACCAGUUUGUCAUCCAGGUAAACUCCUGCGUCAAAACUAGGAGGCAGACAGAGAACCAGGAGACAAUGGGUAACCGGGUAUAG